AAAUCUCUCAAGCUGCCAGCCGAGACGGCGAGACCCAUACCAUAAACAAGCCUAUUACGCGCUCCCGGUUUCAAACGGUCAAACCACCACGGAAAAGGAAACGAACCACCCCCGAAAGGCUCCCCCGUGCCAAAUCCACCGCCGCAGAGUAAGGAAGGAUCCGAAAAAGAUCUUCGGGGCGCGGAGACAGAGGAGGGAGCGCGUGUGGGGAGAGAGCAAAAGGGGAAUGGUCGAGAUCGCCGCGCGCUUCAUGGAUAAGGUCGAGGAGCAGGCGGUGGCCGCGGCGGCGGCUGCGGCGGAUGACGACGAGGAUGCCGCCGGGAGCGUGGACGGCGACGAGGUGGAGAUGGAGCCCGUGGAGCCCAUGCCGGAGCCCCCCGACGACGCCGGCCCCGUCUGCUGGCCCAUGCCGGACUUCUGCCCUCUCACGAUCGACGGGACGGUGAAGGAGUCCUUCCUGGAGACCCUUCGGAAGGAGAAGGAGGCGGAGGAGCUGCUCGGGGAGGCCGAGCCGGAGCCGACGCCCAGCCCGGACUCGCGGCCGUCGAGCAGCAAGCGCCAGCGCGCCGUCGCCGGGUCGCCGUCGUCCAGGAGCCCGUACAGCAAUCUCCUCCAGGUGUUCCAGCAGUGCAAGCAAGACGUUGCCUGAGGCCGGGAGGAGCACAACCACAGUACAGGCCGUGAUGUCUCGGCUGCAGUUUUUCCUUUCCUUGCGUACGUACAAUAAUAUACCGAUCUGUUCUUUACGACUUUGCUCUGGUGUAAGCUCCAGGAGAUAGCAGUUUUUUGUUCUUGUGUACAAAUGGGAUACGAACCUCACAAAUACAGAACGCCAUUAUCAUCGA